CUAUUCGUUAUCGUUUUCUUUAGGGUGUUCAAUCUAAUGUUGCGCCUCAACCUGUUGGAUUUGAAGCGGGUUUUAAAGGAGCAGGACAAAGAAUUGAAACUCUUCGUCGACAAAACGUCGUUCGUCAAGAUCAAGCUGUUGUGUCGAUUGAAAAUUUUAUAGCUGAACUUGUACCGGAUAUGUGGUUUGAUAUUGGUUACAUAAUCUUACAAGAUCCUCUAAAUAAAAUCGAAUUACAUUUAUUUACACAAGCUGUUCCAAUCCCAAUUGAAUAUGUUUAUCAAGCACGUGAACGAACACCCGCAGAUUAUCCAUUAAAAUGGAGCGGGUUUUCGGUGACAAUUGGAGAAAUAUUACAUGCACAAUUACCCCUUGUCAAUCCAGAAGAUUGGCACGAAAUGAUUAUUGGUACAUCGAGAAGAGAAAUUCUUUAUAAUACUGUUAAAUCGUUAGCUUACAUGUAUCGUCAAAGACUAAAUCGUCAAUAA